CUCGGCGUAGUGAAUCAUUUUCAGUGUUUACACUGUCAGCUGUCAAAAAACCGAAACAGGCGAUUCUUCAUCUUCUCGUCUUACCAGGACUGAAAACGCCGACCAGCACUGAAGAGGUUACCAUAGCGCCCUCCAGGACGGACUCUCUGGUUUUCGACCCUUUGCAGGAAAGCGGAUCAACCCUUGUAACAUGAGCUCGGUGGCUGUGUUGACUCAGGAGAGUUUUGCCGAGCACCGUAGCGGUCUGAAGGACACACAGAUCUCAGGUGGCGUUUCCAAGGAUGAAGCGUACAUUCCCACCUACCUGGAAGCUUUCCCUCCGUUGCCGGAGAAAGGCGCUCCGGGAGAGAGAUCAGGAGAGCCUGUGGGAGCUUGGAGCAAAAUUCGACCUAUUAAAGCUUCUGUCAUUACACAGGUGUUCCACGUGCCGUUGGAGGAGCGUCGAUACAAAGACAACAGCCAGUUCGGAGAAGGAGAAGAGGCGAAAGUGUGCUUAGACAUCAUGCAGAAGACCAGUGCUCACAUUGAACUCUCUCUGGCAAAAGACCAAGGCCUUUCCAUCAUGGUGACGGGGAAACUUGACUCGGUCAUGAAGGCUCGGAAAGAAAUCGUGGCUCGACUCCAGACUCAGGCCUCAGCCACGGUCAUCAUUCCGAAGGAGCACCAUCGCUUCGUGAUUGGGAAAAAUGGAGAGAAACUACAAGAGCUGGAACUGAAAACAGCCACCAAGAUCACUAUUCCCCGGCCCGACGACCCAAACGUGAACAUACGCAUCACCGGCACCAAAGAGGGCAUCGAGAAAGCCCGGCACGAGAUCCUUCUUAUCUCUGCAGAACAGGACAAGCGCGCAGUCGAGCGUCUGAAUCUAGAGAAAGUCUUUCAUCCCUUCAUCGCCGGCGCGUACAACCGACUGGUCCAGGAGCUGAGCCAAGAGACAGGCGCUCGCAUCAGCAUCCCUCCGCCCAGCCUGCUGAAGGAUGAAAUCGUCAUCACUGGGGAGAAGGAAGCCGUUGCCAUGGCGAUUGCACGUAUCCGUGCUAUUUACGAGGAGAAGAAGCGAAAAACGACGACCAUCUCUGUGGAAGUGAAGAAGUCUCAGCAUAAAUACAUCAUUGGACCAAAGGGUAACAGUCUGCAGGAGAUCAUGGAGAGCACCGGCGUGUCGGUGGAGAUGCCCCCAUUAGACUCCAGCUCUGAGACCAUCAUCCUCAGAGGAGAACCGGACAGACUCGGACCCGCCCUGACCCAGGUGUAUACCAAGGCUAAGAGUGUGAUGGCAGUGGAAGUAACCGCACCAGCCUGGCUUCAUCGAUUCAUCAUUGGAAAGAAAGGACAAAACAUUGGCCGCAUCACACAGCAGCUCCCCAGGGUGCACAUCGAGUUUACAGACGGAGAAGAGCGGAUCAUUCUGGAAGGCCCAACAGAGGAAGUGGAGCAAGCUCAGUCCCAAAUACAGGAGAUGAUUAAUGAUCUGAUGUCGAGGAUGGACUACACGGAAAUUAACAUCGAUCAACGUUUUCAUCGACACCUCAUUGGCAAGAACGGGGCAAACAUAAACCGGAUCAAGGAGCUGUACAAAGUGUCGGUACGGAUUCCUCAGGACUCUGAUCGCUGUGGGCUGGUCCGCAUCGAGGGAGACCCUCAGGGAGUGCAGCGGGCUCGCAGGGAACUGGUGGACAUGGCCCAACGCAUGGAAAAUGAGCGCACCAAAGACCUGAUCAUUGAGCAGAAGUUUCACCGCACCAUCAUCGGCCAAAAGGGAGAGAAGAUCAAAGAAGUGCGAGACAAGUUUCCUGAGGUCAUCAUCACGUUUCCUGACCAGUCUCAGAAAAGUGACAUUGUGCAGCUCCGUGGGCCCAAGAACGAGGUGGAGAAAUGUGCCAAGUUUCUCCAGAAGCUCCUGCUUGAGCUGGUUGAAAGCAGCUACUCGGUAUCUGUUCCCAUAUUUAAGCAGUUUCACAAAAAUAUCAUCGGCAAAGGAGGUGCCAACAUCAAAAAGAUCCGUGAAGAGACGAACACGAAGAUCGAGCUUCCCACAGAGGACAGUGACUCUGAGAUGAUUGUGAUCACUGGUAAGAGGAGUAACUGUGAGGCAGCGCGGGACCGCAUCCUCACCAUCCAGAGAGACCUGGCGAAUCUGAAGGAAAUGGAGGUAACCAUCCCAGCCAAGCUCCACAACUGUCUGAUCGGGUCGAAGGGGUGUUUGGUGCGGUCCGUGAUGGAGGAGUGUGGAGGCGUUCACAUUCACUUCCCCGCUGAGGGCUCAGGGGUGGACCGAGUGACCAUCCGUGGACCUGCAGGAGAAGUGGACAGAGCCAGGAAACAGUUACUGCAGCUUGCUGAAGAGAAGCAAGUCAACAAUUUCUCGAUAGAGCUGCAGGCCAAGCCCGAGUACCACAAGUUUCUGAUUGGCCGAGGAGGGGCGAACAUUCGGCGUGUGCGUGACCGGACUGGAGCUCGCAUCAUCUUCCCUUCGCCUGAUGAACCAGAGCAGGAGCGCAUCAUUAUCAUGGGCCGAGAGGAAGCAGUGCUGCUCGCUCAGAAGGAGCUGGAAACUCUCAUUAAAAACCUGGAGGAUGUGAUAGAGGACAGUAUGGUCGUGGACCCACGGCAUCAUCGUCACUUUGUUUGUCGGCGAGGGCAGGUGCUGCGGGAGUUAACUGAGGAGUACGGCGGCGUUGCUGUUAGUUUCCCUCGUACAGGAACGCAUAGCAACUGCAUCACUCUGAAAGGAGCCCGAGAGUGUGUGGACGCUGCAAAGAAGCGCAUCCAGGAGAUUAUUCAGGAUCUGGAGUCUCAGGUGAGUAUAGAGGUGGUGAUUCCUCAGCGCUACCACAGAGCCGUAAUGGGGCCCAAAGGCUGCAGGAUCCAGUGCAUCACCCGAGAACACGAGGUCCAGAUCAAAUUCCCAGAGAGAGAGGAAACAGCAGCUCAGGAAACAGUUCCUGUGGAAAACAGCGUCAGCUUAGAGACGGACUCUGUGCCUCGAAAAUGUGACAUCAUCACCGUGACAGGUCAUGCAGAGAAGUGUGAGCUGGCACGAUCGGCCCUGCUAGCGCUGGUUCCUGUGACGGUUGACGUCGAGGUGCCCUACGACCUGCACCGCUACAUCAUCGGCCAGAAAGGAGCUGGAAUCAGAAAGAUGAUGGAGGACUACGAGGUGAACAUCUGGGUUCCUCAGGCUGAGCAGCAGUCUGACGUGAUAAAGGUCAUGGGGCAGGAGGUCAGUGUGGAGAGAGCCAAGCAGGCACUGAUGUGCAGAGUCAAAGAGCUCCAGGCAGAACAGGAGGAACGGGCUUUACGGAGCUACAAGGUGACCCUUUCAGUCGACCCUAAAUACCACCCCAAAAUCAUCGGCCGUAAAGGAGCCGUGAUUUCGCAGAUCCGCAAAGACCACGACGUCAACGUGCAGUUCCCUGAUAAGAGUGACGAGCAGCAGGUGUGUACGAGUGUCCCGAGUCAUCAGGGUGUUGUGCUGACUCAGGGAAACUCACCUUUCUUCUUUUCUCAGGAUGCGAUAGUGAUCUGGGGUUAUGAGCGGAACGUCAAGGAGGCCAAGGCAGCUAUAGAGCAGAUGGUCGUAGAGCUGCAGGAGAUGGUGAGCGAGGACAUCCGGCUGGAUCACCGGGUCCACGCACGCAUCAUUGGCGCUCGGGGCAAGGCCAUCCGCAAACUCAUGGAGGAGUUUAAAGUAGAUAUCAGGUUUCCUCAGCCAGGCUCGGACGACCCCGACAAAGUGACAGUCACAGGCCUGCCAGAGAACGUCGAUAAAGCCAUCGACCAUCUCCUCAACCUGGAAGAGGAAUACAUGUUGAGUGUGACUGAGACAGAAACGUUGGCUGCCUAUAUGAAACCGCCGUCCCGGUUCAUGGGAGGAGGCGGAGACGAGGAGAGCCGCGCCCCAGCUAAAGGCUUUGUGGUCAGAGACGCUCCCUGGAACGUCCCAGACAGCAGGGCCCCUGACAUGACCAGUGCUGAGGAAUUCCCUACAUUCGGCUCUGGUGUGGCACCGAAACAGACGUCUGCCUGGGGGCCUAAAAAGUUCUGAAAGAGAGCGAGACGUGACAUCCCCCCUCCCUCUCUCUCUCUCCCUCUCUCUCUCUCCCUCUGUCUCUCCCUCUCUCUCUCCCUCUGUCUCUCCCUCUCUCUCUCCCUCUCUCUCCCUCUCCUGUUCCUGAAGGAGAAAUCACAGAACAUCUUGAACAUGUAUAUGUAGCUUCCUCCAGGGCUGAUCGUGUGUGUGCUCUUUUUAUCCAUCUCUUUAAAUGCCAGCGGCGGUUCAGUCUGAUCUGAACCCGUGUCAACCGUCCGUGCUUUCAUUUCGAUGAAAUUUCACACUUUUUAACUUCAGCCCGAGCCUCCUGUUCUUGGUUCCUGUUCCUAGUGACAGUGGGCAUAAAUCGUUUUAAAUCAUUUUAAAUAAUUGCUCUGAGGCAUUCAGACUCUCUCAAACAAAUGGCUCCAAUUUCUACAGCACUGAUGUGACACUUUUAUAAUUUACAGAACCCGUAGUUCACUGUGUGGCUUUUUUUUUUAAUUGCCUUUAAUGAACGUGUGAAUCAGAGCCUCGUUUUUAUAAAACUUUGCAUGCACACAAAACAAUCCGAUCCAACCAGCACAAGAGUUCCAUCUCAUUCUGUCUCUUUCGUGGAACGAUGAAUUGGGAACGAAUGACGCCAUUGGAAAAGAACGACAGGGUGAUUGGGUUUAAUGACCAUGCUACAAACACGGUGAGCUGAAAAGCAUCAUACUGUACAACGCAUAAGAUUAAGGAUCCUGAGGUGGAUGAGCUGGAACAGGACACGCUCUCGCUCAAGGGCCACUCCUGUCCACCAAGAGCAGGAAGCUGCAGUGGUGAAUGUUGGGGGGGGGGGGGGAUCGCUAGCGCUCUGUUUUUUGUCGCAACAUGGUGUCCAGUGAUGUUUCCAUUUAGACAGAAUGACAAGAAAUUAUUGUAAAAUGACUGAUGAUUUUCCUUCUACUUUUCCUCUGGAGUUUCAGAAUUUCUCACUUCCAGGAUGAAGAGGCUUUUUUUUUUAGGACUGUUUUGUGCGAAUGCAGUGUUUAUAAACGAGGCCACGGAAGCGCUUGGUGCUUAUAGCUGUUCCUUUUUACUGUAAAAGACAAAAAGCUGUUUGUUCGUUUAUUUAUUUAUUUAUUUAUUCAUUCAUUCAUUCAUCUUGGGAAAAAAGUAGCGGUCCAUAUAUUCUCAUCUGGAGAUGAAUCUGUGAAGAAUAUUAAUUAUAUGAUCUCUCUCACUCUUUUUUUUAAGUUUCGUAUUUAUUAAACUGUAUAGUACACACUUGCAAAUGCGUGUACAUAUGUAUUGUUUUUGUCUUGAAUUCUGUGUUUCAGAUUUAGUGAUUCACAAGAUGCUCAGAGGUGAACUUUUUAAAUGCAGGGUUAAAAAAAGAUCUUUUUUUAAAGUUGCAGUUUGUAAUGUUGAAUGCUGAAAUGUGAGUUUAAGUUGCAGUAAAUACAGUGAUGACUCUCACACACACACACACACACACACACACACACACACACACACACACACACACACACACAGCUUUCUAGAUGACAAAAAAAAGGUGACAGAGGUUAUUUCAGGGCCAGAAAACUGAAAAACAAAAGCCUGAAGCAAAGAACCAAUCCCGAUCUCUUACACAGAAAUGUUGCAGAUGAGGUUUUUUCCUACGUGUGUCUGAGAAGUGACAGGAAACCCAGGACUGGAAGCACUUUUAAAAUUACAAACUGCACCUCUAAAUAUUUUCAGCUUUUAUGAUGGUUUGUGUACAGAUUUAUGAACAGAAACUAAACUUUUUCUACAUCUAUCCCUUUCAGAUUGCAAAAAAAGAGACUGCUGCUGCCGAUAAUGUACACAGCGUGAUGCGUAACGUUUUUAUGUGAUGAUGCAACAAAGUUCUACAUUUCUGUUGAUCAGAUUGUAAGGUUUUGCUUCACUGCAUCACUGAGUUUAAAUCCCAUUACUUCUCGAGUUUAUAGAUUAAGGGUUGGGCUUUUCAUUUCCACAAUAAUCCACAGACCAGUCGAAUGAGAUUUUCACUCAAGUGCAAAAAUGUUCCAGAAAUAAUCGGCAGGGCGACAAAAUGACCCUGUUAAUAAUGAGCUCCGUAAAGUGAACUCAGCGUGCACUGAUCAGGAAGCAUUCCCUCUUACCUGUGUGUGUGUGUCUAUUCUCAUGGAUCUGAUUUUUAGUAAACGCAGACAGUAACCCUCUCGGCCUUAAGCAGUGAUUAGAGGACAUUUUGAACAGUUGGGUUAAUACGCAGCACUGCAAUAAACAUGUCAGUGGAGGUGGAUUUUUUUCCUACUCAAAUAAAAAUAAUUCAAAAUCA